GGGGAAUGUUUCCUGAUUGCGGCGUGAAUGAAGCUGCAUCCGGAUUCGGAGUUAAUAGCCCGGAGGGAAUAAGAGGCCCCCUUUGCAUGAGCUGCGGCCGUCGUCGUUAUGGAGACUCUCAUCCCUGUGAUCAAUAAGCUGCAGGAGAUUUUCAACACGGUGGGAGCCGAAAUCAUACAACUGCCCCAAAUCGUGGUAGUUGGCUCUCAGAGUAGUGGGAAGAGCUCAGUGCUAGAGAGCAUUGUCGGUCGGGAUUUCUUGCCGCGUGGCUCUGGAAUUGUCACACGGCGGCCCCUGGUCUUGCAGCUGGUCCAUGUGCCAACCCUGGCGGAGAGGAGGCAGAAAGGAGGUGGAGAAAAUG